ACGAUCCUCGCACCCUGGAGAUUCCUAAGAUGUCUGUCUGUGCGCUGCGCUUCUCCGAGACGGCUCGCAAGAGAAUUGUUGCAGCGGGUGGCGAGUGCUUGACAUUCGAUCAGUACGCCGCAUUCGCACACGAAGCCCUACGUACGCUCAAAAGGAAGGAAGUUCGAAAUGGCCAGAGGUCGGAGAAAGUCACGGGGUUACAAGAACUAAGAUUGAAACCAAAAUUAAAACUGGAGCUGAAAUACUACAGUACAAUAGAAGAAGCGGCGCUAGAAUUGCUGUGUAUCUACAGCUCUAUGUUGCUAUGGGGGGUUCAGUGGCGCCCGAAACAACUCAAACUCUAUUGUUAUUAUUAUGACUGUUUCAGUAAUAAUGACGAUAAUAAAUGGUCCGUUGCUGCCGCAUAUGCAAAGAGAGCAGUGGACAAACUCGUCAUUACGUAG